AUGUGCACUCGUAGGCGCACUUGCGUUGCGGUGCUGCCGUCAGCCCUACGCCCCGGUGCCUCCGUCUCUCUUCCUUCCUUUUCUCGGAGACAGAGAAGAGAAGGUGAUGGCGGAGGGGACGAGCAGACGCGUCGGGUUGGUAUGUUGCCGCCAAGCCGGCUCACACUCUCGGGGGCGCGCUACGAAUCAGAUUUGCACAUAUGUGUGUGUGUGCCUCUGCGUGGAUUCGGCGGCGACACUCAAACGCGAAUCUUUUUUUUUCGUCUUAUAGUGUGCGCAAACAACCCGUCCCUGCGGCGAAAUGUCAAAAAUGCAGUGCGGCACUGUGCUCUCCUCCUGCUUGAUGCCUUCGCCUUCUCCCUGCACUCUCCUCUUGCCCCCUCUCUCAUGCCACAAAUGCCCCCAUCCUACACAGAACACACACACACACACACACACACGUAUCCAACGCGCUGUUCGCACGGCAGUGUCGUCUGCAACAAUAACGAAAGAGGGCGAGAAGGCCAGACUCCAUCGUUUAGAAAAGCCUGUUGGCCAUUCAUUGGAAGAGGUGCAACUUUCCGCCUGAUGAACGCUCAGGACUCCGCUCCGCUCUUGAAGAAGGCAGCGCUUUGCAGCGAUGAUUCUGUGCGAUCGCCUUUGGAGGCUGGGUCGCUGACUUCACGGCGGCGUCUGUCGUCACGUCUUGGAGCACAGAUGCCCUCUUCUACCACCGCCACCGCGCUCGCGCUCACAAGUAAGCAGCGUCUCUUCAGCGAGGCCACUCUGCGCAGCAUUGCCUUACUCUUGCGCCACACGGCAGCGGAGAUCGAGGCGGCCGCGUUGGAGGAUGCAAUGGAGGAUCCCGUAGCGAGUGAGUACAUCAUGACGAAUGGGGGCCGUGCAGACGAGCACAGCGUCAGCACCACCAGCGUGAGCGUUCCGGUCACGUCUUUCUUUGCUGGCGAUGCAGAUCGGUCCGCACUAAGCUCGAGUGCGUCGUCAGGGAGCGGUGCUGAUUGGGUGUCGGGAAUGUCGGCGCCCUCAUCAACACAUGACGCGGCAACGCGCAGCACCGAUUCACCGCCGUCGCAGCCCCAAAGGGGCUCUAAGAUUACGGCGCAGGUACCCUCCACGCUGACGUUGUCGUCGUCGGCACCAGGGGACCGACCUCGGCACAGUCGCUGCUCACCACCCCCGUUGGAGCUGCGCCGUCGGCCUCGCGCGAGCUUUAGCGGGACUCUCGUCGACCAAGCAAUUCGUGCCGCGGGCGCCGCUGCCAGCAGCCCGUCCUACUCGUAUAGCUUCCCAGAGAAGUGGUUCGGCCCCCCAGCCGACGCGCUUGCGCGACGUGCUGCGCAGCGCUCGGCGGGGGACACCCUCCUCAACCCCAGCACGAGGCGAGCAUCGAUAGCGACUGCGAAGGGGUUUCGGCCCCGUUGGCAGCCGCGGACGUCCUCCGCAAAACUUACUGCUACCAAGGAAACUUCUUUUGCUGCCGCCUCGCGCUCACAGUCGCUGAACACCGCCGUGUUCUUGCCGGACCCGUCGCCCGCGAGAAGCCCGACCACGUUGACGCACCGCAACUCCUUCUCCAACCAUGCCGACUGGAACAAGGUUUUAGCGACUGCCACCUCGCAGCCACCAUUGUUUUUCGACAAUCUGCUCUUCGACCCGGCGACGAACCGCUACCUUUUCGGAGGUCAUGCGUUCCGUGAGGAGGUCCGAGUUCUACAGGCACCUGCGGCGGAUGCAUCUGCGUUGGCGGCGUCUCGCGCAGACGACGCGGGGAGCGGAAACAGCGUCACCAAGCACACGCGCGGCUCGCCGUCACCGUGGUUACUGCUUGUGAGAGAGUACAUCCCGGUAUCAGCCGAGUGCAGCAUCGUCGGAGAUGAGCAACGACCCCUCAGCGCGAGUGGUGGCAGCGUGGACGCAGUUGUGGUCCAGUGCUUCUCCCUCUUGCCACCGCAGCUAGUACAUCUACGGCCGAAUCCAUACCAGCUUCUCCCCGAGACCACCAUCACAAUGUGCCUACUCGUUGCGCUACCGGGCUGCGUGACACUGGUGACACCGCUGGACGUCUUUUUGCACGAUGCGCGGCACAGCCUCCUCAUGGUAGCGGGAUCUUCGCUGGAGCGCCUCUUGAGCAGCUCACACGAGACGACGGAAGUCCGCAGGCGUCCCGGGAGUGGAGCGCAGUCGUCUUUGGCGACUGUGAGCCCCUCCGCAUCUACUGCCCGCGUAAAUUUCGUGCAUCCUAGCACCUCGCUGGAAGCGGCCUUCGGUAACAGGGUCUCCGACGUCUCACCCUCUAGCGCUGCGACGCCGGUCUCGCUGGACGCAGCUGAGCGGGAUCGAGAUACCACACGGAUUGCCAUAGUGCAGGAGCGGCUUGUCCAAGUAGUGAUGCCGGACAUACUCGACGAGGCGAUGCACGCGAUCUACGGAACCCUUGUGGUGUACUGUAUUCAAUACGAGCAGCGGCGUCGCAUGCUCGUCGCCGUGGGUGCCGUCCACGUGCUGCAACGCUUCUUUCGUCGCUGCCUCGCCGUGAUGGAGCGAGCGGUACGGCGGAUGGUGCGCCUGUGGCGCCAGCUGGAGGUAGAUGCGCGACUGAAGCUGCAGCAAUACCGGCCGUUGCCAACGGCGAUGGAGAGGCUUGACGCGGUGGCGAACAGCAUUCUGCAGGAGCACAUGCUCACCUCGGGUAGCUACAAGCGUUCGUUCAUCGCAGCCCAGUGGGCGGCGCGGCGUCGCUCCUUUGCUCAGUGGAGACAGACCGAGGAGUGGGACAGCGUGUUUGCGUCGCACGUGCGGCGCAGGGAGAUCGACUCAAACGGCGCCGCCACCGAUAGCGCUGCGGAGAAGAGGCCGCGCAGCGCCCGACUGAGCGCCGGAGAGGAGCUGCGCUUGGAGUCGGAGUUUAACAAGCGCCGAGGUUGGUCGAGCAAGGUGAUGAUGCCGUGCACGGAGCCUUCUUCGCCCUCAAGGGCUGCCGAGUCGUAUGCUGAGCGCGAGCAAGCCGCAAUUCGUCGUUUUCUCAGCUGGUACAUAGACCCACAGGAGCUCCUCUACCUCAGCCAUCAACGCUUGCUGGAAACGCUGAAAGGUUCCGUCUUUCAGAUGGCGGAUGUACGGCUCGAGCUGAGACGCGCUGCUAACAGGCCGACGAACGAGGAUUGCGCGACACCGCUCGCUGCUUCCGUGUCCUGCAACAGCGUUCAUCAGUGCAGGUGA